CUCCAUCUUUCCUACAGUUCGUGCGCUGGCAGAACUCCAAGAGGCUGAUCUAUGGGUCCCUGGUCUGCCUGUCAUAUGAUAAUUUUGAGAGCUUCUUGUUUGCCACAGUAUCAGACCGGGACCCGAAAGACCUUCAGAAGGGACAGGUCCAGAUUAUCUUUACUGAAGAGAGCAGAAUGAAGUUGGCCCAAAUUGAGAAAGGUCAGAUGUUCCUGAUGGUGGAGACCACCGCUUACUUUGAGGCCUAUCGGUAUGUUCUAGAUGGCCUACAGGAGCAGCAGGAGGCUGACCUGCCCUUUCAGAGGUACAUUGUGGAGUGUGACACAGACGUGCAACCCCCAGCUUAUCUCCGAAGAAAUGAUAUUUAUAACCUGUCAUCUGUGGCUGACCCUGAUUAUAAGGCCAGUGUACAGGCCUUUCACAGCCUGAAGGCAGAUGCCUGGCCAAGGAUGGAGGAGCUGGGACUAGAUGAGUCUCAGAUGAAAGCAUUCCAGCUGGCCGUCACAAAGGAACUGGCCAUCAUACAGGGACCUCCUGGCACUGGAAAAACCUACGUUGGACUUAAGAUUGCUCAGGCUCUUUUAAACAAUCAGGGUCUUUGGAGAACUCCUCUAGUUGGUAACUCUCCGAUGCUGGUAGUGUGUUACACUAAUCAUGCUCUGGAUCAAUUCCUUGAGGGUAUCCAUAAAUUCCUACCAACCGGCAUAGUGCGAGUGGGAGGCCGCAGCAACAGUGAAGUCCUGAAGCGUUUCAAUCUGAGGGAGCUGAUCACCUCACAUGAAUUCAGACGAACGUUACCAGCUCAUCUGCGUACUGCAUUCAAUGAGAUUUACAAGCAACUGUGUCAGGAAGAGAGGGAAAUUCAAACUCAAAGCGUGAAGCUUGAGUGUUCUCUGAAAGGCGUCCUGCGUGAAACCUUCCUUCAGAGGUUCAUUUUAGCAAUACACUGGGACAGUCUGCACCUACCACUUACACAGGAUGGUUUUGAGACCUGGGGUAAGAAGUCCAGUCUGAUAAUGGAGUGGUUGGGCUUGGGUACCACUGCCUUCCUGCAGAGGGAGACAGAGAAUGCAAAUGGUGCAGCAGAGGAAGCAAUGGAAGAGGAAGAAGAGGACCUCAUUGAGAUUGCAGAGGAGGCAGAUCUGAUCCAGGCAGAGCGAUUUAUUGAAGACGACAUUCAUCCCAGAGGUGGUAGAGAUGACAAAAAGAGGGAAUUCAUGGAGGAGAAUGUCAGAGAAGUGGAAGAACUGAUGCUGGCUAUGAACCUGGAUAAAGCUGAAAUAAAGGCUGAGAACAGUGAGGAAGGAUGGGAGAUACAACAAGGCCAGAAGAAAAAGAUGAAGAGCAAAAUCAGGAAAGAACUGGGGAAGAGCUCGGCAAUGACUGAUGAAGAAGAAGAGAACGUCUUUGAUAUCUGGACCCUUAGCUUGCCCGAUCGAUGGCGACUCUAUAGGUUGUGGGUGGCACGCUACAGAGUAGAGCUUCGCACCAGAGCUCUCGAGUCUGAGCAGGCCUAUCAGAAUGCAGUGGACAGACUAGCUGAUGUGAAACGUCACCAGCAACUCUGUCUCCUCAAGGAAGCUACGGUUAUUGGAAUGACUACAACGGGGGCGGCCAAGUUCCGAAAGACUUUACAGGAAGUGCGUCCAUGUCUGGUGAUUGUAGAAGAGGCUGCAGAGGUCUUAGAGGCCCACACCAUCACCACAUUGAGUCAGGCAUGCCAGCACCUCAUCCUCAUUGGAGACCACCAGCAGCUGCGUCCCAGUGCCACAGUAUAUGAACUUGCUAAGAACUUCAAUCUGGAGAUGUCCAUGUUUGAGAGGCUGGUGAAGAUGGGACUUCCUUAUGUUAGACUCAACUAUCAGCAUCGUAUGAGGCCAGACAUUGCCCGUCUUCUGACCCCACACAUCUACUCAGAGUUGGAAAACCAUCCCUCUGUGUUGGACUAUGACAACAUCAAGGGCCUUAACACAAAUUUAUUCUUUGUGGAGCACAACUGCCAAGAAGAAAUGAUCAAAGAUGGGAAAAGCCAUCAGAACCAACAUGAGGCCAAGUUUGUAGUUCGUCUUUGCCGCUAUCUUCUCCUUCAGGACUACAAACCAGAACAAAUUACCAUCCUUACAACCUAUACUGGCCAGCUCCACUGUCUUCGCAGAGAAAUGCCUGCCCCGCUGUUCUCAGGGGUCAAAGUGCAUGUGGUUGACAAGUACCAAGGAGAAGAGAAUGACAUUGUCUUGUUGUCUCUGGUCCGCAGUAAUAUGCAGGGUAAGGUUGGCUUUUUGAACAUCCCCAAUCGCGUCUGUGUAGCCUUGUCCCGUGCCAAGAAAGGUCUCUACUGUAUAGGCAACAGUACAAUGCUGAGUCAAGUCAAACUGUGGAGCAAUAUCUUCCAUACCUUGAGGGAGAAGGACCAAGUUGGGAAGGCUCUGACCCUAUGCUGUCAGAAUCAUCCAACUCGACAGGUAAAAGCCUCUUGUGCUGACGAUUUCAAACAAGCCCCUGAGGGGGGCUGCACUCAGCCUUGUGCGUUCCGUUUGGAUUGUGGCCAUGUUUGCUCAAGAGUCUGCCACCCCUACGACCCAGAGCACAAAGAGUACAAGUGUGGCAAGAAGUGCCAGAAGAUUUUAUGUGACCAGGGACACAGGUGCACAUUAGUUUGCCAUAAAGCAUGCCCAAAGAAAUGUCAAGUGAAGGUUGAAAAGAUCAUACCCCAGUGUCAACACAAGCAGAUGGUUCCUUGCCACCAGGACCCGGAGACAUUUAAGUGCCAGGAGCCUUGUCAGAAAACGCUCCAGUGUGGACAUCCAUGUGAUUCAUCCUGUGGGGAAGCAUGCACAUAUGAGUGCAAGGUAAAGAUCACCUUAGAACUAAGGUGCGGCCACAACCAGCAAGAUGCUUGCUAUUAUAAAACUCAGGGAAAGGACCCUGAAUGUAGGGCCCCUUGUGAGCAUCGGCUAAUAUGUGGCCAUGCCUGUCGUGGUACCUGUGGCAAGUGUUAUCAGGGACGCUUCCACUACCCCUGUCUUCACCAGUGUGAGCGUCUCCUCAUUUGCUCUCACAAGUGUAGGGAGCCUUGCACUCGUGAUUGUCCCCCAUGUAAGAAACCGUGUGAGAAUUGCUGCAUCCACAGUGAGUGCAAGAAACCAUGCGGACAGCCUUGUGCUCCAUGCAUUGAGCCCUGUGCUUGGGAGUGCCCUCACCAGCGCUGUGGUAAGCUUUGCUAUGAACCGUGUGAUCGUCAACCGUGCACCCAACCCUGUGACAAGACACUGGAUUGCGGCCACCCAUGCAUAGGUCUUUGUGGAGACAAAUGUCCAAGCAAAUGUCGCAUCUGUGAUAAAGAUGAGGUCACUGAAAUUUUCUUUGGCAAUGAGGAUGACCCUGAGGCUCACUUCAUUCAGCUAGAGGACUGCAGGCACAUCAUUGAGUACACAGCCAUGGACAUAUACAUGGGGAUGGAUGACAACCAGCAGGCAAAUGAAGGAGAGCAGGUGGCUAUAAAACUGAAGGAAUGUCCAAGGUGUCGAACUCCAAUCCGCAAGAACCUACGCUAUGGAUCUCACAUCAAUCGCAGUCUAGCUGAGAUAGAGAUGGUGAAGGAGAAGAUAAAUGGGAACCAGAAAGAUAUUGAAAAGCACAAGAGGGCCCUUCAAAAACAAUGGAACGACAACCUUCACAUGAGUGAAACUCACCUGCAAGAAUAUAUGGAUAUCCAACAUAGACUGAAAAUGCGGUAUCACACAGCAAAUGAUCUAUGGGUCCUGGAAAACAAAAUGGAUUUCCUACUUAGGGUUGAAAAACUGCUGAAGAUUGAAAGAGAAGAAAUGUCAGUCCUUCAAGGCAACAAGUUUAGGAAGACUGUUCAGGAGUUUGUACGCUGGCUCGUGGGCUUCCAAUCAAAAUUCACAGAGCAGCAGGUGUUUGAUUUGCAGAGGGAACUACGGAGACUCACUCUCCUGGUUGAAUUCAAUGCCCAGUGCAAUGUGGCAAGCAAAAGAGGACAAAGUAACAAAAUUCAAUCUGAGGUCCAAACAAUGGAAAAAGUUUUGGAAAAGCUGGGCCAAUUCACUGAGCAAGAUGAAGAAAGAGUAAAAGAAAUCAUGAAGGAGCUGAACAAAAAGGUUCCACUCACCGGUUUGGGGAUCAGUGAUGAGGAGAGAAAGAUGAUCGUCUCAGCAGUAAAAAUGCCACCUGGACACUGGCACAAAUGUCCUAAUGGCCAUGUCUAUCUCAUAGCAGACUGUGGGGGGGCUAUGGAGAGUCGAUCCUGCCCUGAUUGUGAUGCCACCAUUGGGGGGGCCAAUCACAGGCUGGCUAGUGGCAACCAUGUCGCCACUGAGAUGGAUGGAGCACAACACCCUGCUUGGUCUGAAGUCAACAACCUUCUUAACUUUGGUCAACUUGACCUCUAAAAGUCAAAAGUCAGUUGCCUUCAGUCUCAAAUGUAAAACCAGUGAAUGGCAGGUUAUGAUUUAACUGAAGUAACCACAUUCAUUCAUGCUUGAUUCUCUAUGGUUCUGUACUGAAUUCACAUUAAUUUAAGGGAAGUGACAUUGUCUAUUCUCUUCAUGACAAUCAAGUCACCUUUAAGAUGGAUGGGGCAGAGCACUUCUGUUUCUCAGAUCACAAUCUUUUUGCAUGAAAUUGACUUUUGAACUUGAAAAUACAGACUUGAGUAUUAAAACAGUAGCAAUAAUCUCUUUCAUCAAUAUUCACUUUGCUUUCUAACAUGAACUGAUGUGAAGAAAGGGAACUUCUAGUUCAUGAGAUAUUUGCCAUAUGCUAUACAAAACAGUGGAUACUGUUUUUGUUUUGUUUUUUCCAAUAUAUUUUGCAAAGAGUAAGUGUUGGAUAAUAGCUUACUGAAUGAUUGUUCAAAUAUUAACUGUACCUCAGAUACUGUAUGUUCAAGGCUCCUGUGUAAAUUUUCCUGUGCCUUAACAAUAGAUGGCAGUAAAACACUGUAAAAGAAAAACAUGAAUUGAUUGUUAUUGUGCUUGCAAUUUGCUCAAAUAUAAUAAAAUAUAUCUG